AAUCUCAACAUGGAAAAUGCCAACCAGGAAAACAGAAUAAAGGAUGAAAAGGAGCAAGAUGCUAAUAAAGGAGAGCCUGGUGAAUAUUGUGUGCCACGAGGAAAUCGUAGACGGUUCCGUGUUAGGCAGCCCAUCCUGCAGUACAGAUGGGACGGGGGUCAGAGGCUUGGGGAGCCACCGGCAAGGAUGAGACAGGAGAAUAGGGAGAGAGUUGGGGAGGAGAUGAGGCAGCUGAUGGAAAAGCUGAGGGGAAAGCAGUUAAGUCAUAGUCUGCGGGCAGUUAGCACGGACCCCCCUCACCAUGACCAUCACGACGAGUUUUGCCUUAUGCCUUGAGUUCUGAUGUUUUCCCU